GCUCGCGAGAAGGUCGCCAGAACGAACAAACGAACGUACGAAUGUCGCGUCAUUUGUUUUGAUGCUCAUUUGUUUCGGCGAGUGACAAGGACGCGAUGAUGUUUUGAUGCUUUCACCUGUCAAUCUUGUCACUUGACGGCUCGUCUCCUUGCCCGAUCGCUACCGAUCUCCCACGAUGUAUACGAAUCUGUGAUGUGCGUUUAUUUAUUUAUCUUUUUUUGUUUUUAAGAAAAAAAAUUGGUUGUUUACAAACAGAUAUAUAUAUAUAUAUAUUUUAAUAUAAAUACGCUUGUGCCAUAUAUUUGUUAUAAAAAAAAAAACAUUUUCUUUUGUCGAAAAUCGUUUCUGAUGAAUAUGGGAUUUUUUUGCUAAAGGGGUGCUAGAAUAAACUUUCAAAAUUUUGCGACACUUGAGGAGGUUGGAGGCUGGUGCCCCAUCCACUUCAGCCAAGAUGCCCAGAAGGAAGCAGGACUGUCCUAAAAGAAUGAAAUGGGAAGGCGGAGAAGAGGGAUCACCAGAAGAGGGCGAUGACAAACUAGAAGGCGAAGAGGAAACUGGAUCUAUGACACCCACUUCUGUCACUCCUCCCAUUGAAGAAGGCCAGUCACCACCACCUGGAGAUGUACCUUCUCCCGAUGGUAGCCCCAGGAGCUUUAACGAGGAAUCUACAUUACUAAGAGACCAAAACUCCCGGUGCAACUCACGCGACUCCUCCGAGUCCCACCUGCUAUCCCACUAUCCAUCGGGAGAAGCUGAAAGGAUGCUCGCUGAACGUGCAGCCCUCCUCCAAGGAGUGCCCCUAGGUGCUGCCCUAAGUCCCGUAGGAAUGGCCUUACCGCCCUCCCUACCCGCAGGGCUCUUACCAUCCCAAAGUGCUGCAAUGGCUGCUUACUUGAACGCCGCUGCGGCAGCUGUCCAGUCACAUCGGCUCAUGAUGACUUCCCCACUUCCCGGAGGGUUCAGUAGGGCACCGAUAUCUCCUUUGAUCAGUUCCACUUCUAGUCCACCCGGUUUGCUUGGGCAGUCAUUGAAUGAUUUAUCACCAAAUGCUGAAGGAAUCCUGGAUUUUAGCCGAAAAUCGAACAAGGAGGAAGAGACUGAGAUUGAUGCUGUGAAUUUGGUGAAGUCCAGUACUCCACCUCCAAGUGGUAGCACCCCUUUAGACUUAUCGGUGAGCAGCAGGAAACGGACCUCUGAAGAGCCCAUACAGCAACCCCCUCCCCGCAAGCCGAAAAUGGAGUUUAAGCCGACGAUACCUGCUUGGCCUCCGGGGUUGGGGGCGCAGCACCUGCCAUAUUUUGCUGCUGCUGUAGCUGCGGCCGGUCUAUCCCCUAAAAACACCCCUAAUGACUUAUGGAAUGGCAAAUUGAAGCCCAGCACUCCUGCUCCAAGUGAUGCUACAAAAGCUCUGGAGAAAAUGAGCGAGCUGAGCAAGAUCGGUGGCGAAGAUCUUUUUAGAAACAUGAGCAGUUCCGUGCCUGGAAACACCACCAGUAACAGACACAGCGCCUGGCAGAGUCACUGGCUUAACAAAGGUGCCGAACAAGCCAAAGAUGUCUUGAAGUGCGUGUGGUGCAAGCAAAGCUUCCCCAGUCUGGCAGCUCUGACCACUCAUAUGAAGGAAGCUAAGCACUGCGGAGUCAACGUUCCCGUCCCACCAAUGCAAUCAACCAGCGUGCUACCUUCUCAAUCCCAAAUGACUUCUCCAUCAAACACCAACAGCUCAAGCAGCGCUGGAUCGAGCAAACCAAGCCAAAACGACUUGAACAUGCUCAUAAAAGAAACCAUGCCAUUACCAAGAAAGCUGGUGCGUGGCCAAGAUGUUUGGUUAGGCAAAGGAGCCGAGCAAACACGCCAGAUCCUAAAAUGCAUGUGGUGCGGCCAAAGCUUUAGAUCCUUAGCUGAAAUGACGAGUCAUAUGCAACAAACCCAACACUACACAAACAUCAUUUCACAGGAGCAAAUCAUAUCCUGGAGAUCUUCAGAUGAUGCCAAAGGUGGCGGGGGUGGCAGCACGAGCAACCAAACUCCCCCUGGUGGCACCAGCAGUCAUGUCAGUGCAGUUCUCACUUGUAAAGUGUGCGAUCAAGCCUUUAGCUCCUUGAAGGAGCUUAGCAAUCAUAUGGUGAAAAACUCGCAUUACAAGGAGCACAUCAUGCGCUCAAUCACUGAAAGUGGAGGUAGAAGAAGACAGACUAGAGAGAAGCGAAAAAAGUCUUUGCCGGUGAGGAAGUUGCUGGAGCUAGAGCGAGCGCAGCACGACUUCAAAAACGGGGAGUGCGGUACGAUCUUGGAUAAGCUUCAACGUGAUCCCACAGGCGCCGGCCGAAUAACAUGCGAAAAGUGCGGAAAUAAAAUAGAAACAAACAUGUUCGUCGAUCACAUCAGGCAAUGCGUGGGAGGGAUAUCGAGUAACCAAAGAAACUUUCUAAAAAGCGCCUUGAUGUCCAACAACGUCAUCCUGCCUCCGGAGAGUCCUGAGAGGAGUAAAAUGAAGACUCCAUCCGACAAGUCACCAUCACCGACGACUCAAAGAUCCCCGUCAGUAAGUGACCUGAGCAACAAAGAAUCAAAUCCUCCCACAGAAACCAAUAACGGUUCAAGCCCAAGCGUCUUGAACGCCAUCGAGAAACUUAUUGAGAAGAGCUUUGAUUCGCGUUCAAGGCAAAAUCCUGGAUUUUCUGGACAAGGGCAGCCGCAAGCCCCAAUGGGGUCAAGUAUAUUAAAGAGACUCGGGAUAGAUGAGAGUGUUGAUUAUACCAAACCUUUGGUAGACGCCCAGACCAUGAAUCUCCUCAGGAGCUACCACCAUCAACAAAGCCACUAUGGCAGAAGAGAAAGAAGCGGCAGCGAGUCCAGUUCGUUAUCUGAAAGGGGCAGCAGUCGCGUCGAUUCACUUACGCCAGAAAGGAAAAUGGAUCCCCCUGGGAUCCCUUUAACCAGCACCCCUCGAUCCACACCUGACAUCAAACGCGAAAAGAGCCCUAUGCCUGAAAAGCCUUCUCCCGUAAGCGAGGAUGUGGUGGUAAAAAAAGAAAGAGAUGAUGAUAGUGACCGACUAAACGAACCUGCAUCAGAAACACCACUUAAAAUAAAAAAAGAAAAAGAGGAGGAGGUUGAAGAGGACGAGCGGCAAAGCUACCACAGCAACGGUGACGUGGCAAAAGAUGAAGAAGACAAAAGGCGGAGCCAUACAGCUUCACCUCAAGCUAGUACGAACGAACCACCACCACCAAGCAGCCCUUGUCGAAACUCAACCAGCAGUCCGGCAAGCAGCGAUCGCUCUGGUACCCCCAGAAGCACCACCAGCGAUCGAAAAAGUACCCGAGGGGGAAGUUUGGGCGCAUUAAGCUCCAUGUUCGAUAACUUAUCAGGUGCUAAUAGUUCAAGCGAAAACGCUUCGACAUCCGGAACGAAAAAAGGGUCGAGUCACCCUCUGGCCGCAUUGCAAAAACUUUGCGAUAAGACUGAAACCCAUACGAAUAAUCGAACGCACUCGGCCACGGUUACGUCGGCAAAUAUACCGAGUACCACCACGAGUUCCGCUGGUACCACCCCAGGGGCUAUUCUAGCGUUCAGUUGGGCAUGUAACGAUGCGGUGAUGACACCAGAUUCGAUUAUGAAAUGCGCUUUUUGUGAUACACCGUUUAUAUCUAAAGGUGCCUACAGGCACCACUUGUCUAAGAUGCAUUUUGUGAAGGAUGGGGUUAUUCCGGAUCCUGUUACCCUUAAGGCUACUGCGGGUGGGAGUAGUAGUAGUAGUAGCGCGAUCGGGGUUCCCUUGAAAGGGACAACGGUGCUUCCUGGUGGAAGUGCUUCGGUGGUACCACCGAAGAGUCCGCCCAACGUGGGGGGGUUCGAAGAAAGUCCUCACUCGAAAUUUCUAAAGUAUACUGAGCUAGCCAAACAGUUGUCUAGUAAAUACGUGUAAAUAUUUAUAAAAUUACAUUCCUAUUUUGUAAAAAGUGUUUUUGGGAGGUCAAAGAGUUAAAUGCGGUUUGAGUAUCUUGUAAAUAACCAAUUUGUCAGGAUUUUGUUGUAAAAAAUAGGCCAGUUUCUGACUCUUUGACUCUUUUUAAUUUUAGUCUUGAAGGUAUAUACGCCCGCUUAAAAAGUCGGGUCCUUUGUGAUGUUAUCAUAUCGUAAAUAAUUUGAUGCAAAAAGUGGAAACCAGUAGCGUUACGGUUUUUGUAGGUUAUAGUUGUGAAGUUGUAAAUUCUUUGCAAAUGAAAAUAAAUCUCAAGUGAUGAUUAUUGUUAUACGAAUUUUGAGUCAGUGUACAUAGUGUAUAAGUCAGUACUGUUAAGAACAUUCAGUUUUCCCUUGAAAAGUGGGGCAAGCCGAAGCUAGGAAUCUCGCUAUAUCCGUACUAUUUUUUUCAUGUAUACAGGAUAAAAAUUUUAUACAGUUAUUAUUAUUAUACUCUGUCCUGUAUAAAAACCUUGAAUUUAUUUUUUUUUAUUAAUUUUCGCUUUGGCUUGUCCCCACUUUUAUCAAUAAUAAGGUAAAAAUAGUUGUUGGUUUAAAAACCAGAUUACCUUCUAAAAGUAUUAAAAAGUCGUAGUAGUGUAAAACCUGUGGUUUCUUUUAAAGUGAUACACUGUGUUUUGUUUUUUGCGAAAAAUUGGAACUGAAAAAAAAACGAAUUUUGUAACGAUUUCUUUGCUUUCAUUCUUUACUAGAUUGGAAUCAAAAUUAUCUUACAAACCGUCAAUACUUAGUAUACGUAUUUCAUGAAUAUCUCUUCUUCCAAUAAAAAAGUUUUAAUGAACAAAGCGUCUAUUUAUUAAAUAAAAAAUUAAUUAUACUACACUGAAUAAUACAAAAGAUGUAUACGCAAUUAUAGCUAAUAAUCUUGGCGAAGCUCUUUUUAUGUUAUAUUGAAAUUUUUUAAAUUUAUUUAAUUAUUUUGUUGUAUUUGAUCGCGAUAAAAGCUCAAAUAAAAAUAUAUGUUAAAAAAUU